AUGUCCGACCAGCAGGAGAAGACGGCGACUUUGGCCGUUGCUGAGUCGCAGCCCGCCACCACCACUGCCCCGGAGGCCCCUCAACCUGUUGCCACUGUUGCUACGGACGCUGUCGCUGAACCCCAGCCGGAAAAGACAACCGAGGAGAAGACGGCCGCGGAACCGACGGCCGCACCCACCACCACUGCUGUUGCUGCUACUGCUGCUGCCGCUGCUCCGGUCCCCACUACCCCCGAAGCUCCCGUUGCGGAGACUGCUCCCGCCCCGGAGAAGAAGAUCGACGAGGAGGUGGCGAAGGAAGAAAACCAGAAGGAUGAAGUCAAGGAGGAUGAGCCCAAGGAUGAGGUUAAGGAAGAGCAGCCUGCUCAGCCAGAUUACCUGGCAAAAAACCCCGCUCUCGCUCAGUUUUUCGAUCGUCUACCCGCCAUUUUCUCUGCGACUGGCCACGCGGAGAUGUGGGGAGUGGCAUUGAAGGAUUCGAACGAUAUCCCCACUGUCAACGUACUGAUCAAGUUCCUGCGCGCCAACGAAGGCAACGUUAAGCUGGCUGAGGAGCAGCUGACCAAGGCCUUGCAAUGGCGCAAGGAGAUGAACCCCAUCGCGCUGACUGAGGGCCAGUACAAUGCUGAGAAGUUUGGUGGCCUUGGUUACGUGACCAAAUACGCCGAGGCGAAUGGUCAAGAGGUGAUUGUCACGUGGAACAUUUAUGGAAGUGUGAAGAAUGUAGAAGCUACGUUUGGUGACUCGGACGAGUUCAUCAAGUGGCGUGUGGCACUCAUGGAGCUGGCAGUCAAGGAUAUGAAGCUGAGUGAGGCAACGGCCGUGAUCGACUAUGAGGGAGAAGAUCCCUACCAGAUGCUUCAGGUCCACGACUAUCUGAAUGUCAGCUUCCUCCGCUUGAACCCCAACAUCCGCGCAGCCACCAAGAAGACCAUCGAAGUUUUCGCCACUGCCUACCCGGAGCUGCUGCGCGAGAAGUUCUUCGUCAAUGUCCCUGCCAUCAUGGGCUGGAUGUUCGCCGCGAUGAAGGUCUUCCUCAGCAAGAACACUACACGCAAGUUCCACCCUAUCUCGAAUGGCGCCAACCUGGCCAGGGAGUUCCCUGCUUUGAAGGACCAGUUCCCUAAGACUUACGGUGGCAACGGUCCCGCCUUGCAGGAAAGUGCCUACACGGUCAAGUUGGAGCAGAGCGCUCCUGCUCCGGCUGCCGCUCCCGAAACCAAGGCGGACGCGGAGGGCUCAAAGGAAACUGAGAUUCCAGCUGAAGUGCCGGCUGAGGCUGUGGCCGAAGUCCCGAAGCAGGAGUCCCAGGCGGUGGAGCCUGUCAAGGCGGAUCCUACAGUGACGGCUGAGGAGACCUCCGCUGUGGGGGUGGCCAAAUGA